AUGGAUGUCUUUAAGAAAGGUUUCUCCAUUGCUAAAGAAGGUGUAGUAGCUGCUGCAGAAAAGACCAAGCAGGGAGUGACGGAAGCUGCUGAGAAGACUAAAGAAGGGGUGAUGUAUGUAGGUACCAAAACCAAGGAAGGUGUAGUGCAAAGCGUGACCUCAGUUGCUGAGAAGACCAAAGAGCAGGCCAACGUGGUGGGAGAAGCUGUAGUAGCCAGUGUGAACACAGUGGCAAACAAGACUGUAGAAGGAGCAGAGACCAUCGUGGCCACUACAGGAGUUGUAAAAAAGGAGGACCUGGCUCCACCGCAGCCGCCGGAGCAGGAGGUGGCAGGAGACGUGGCAGGCACAGGAGGUGGUGGAGAGGGUGAAAAUGAAGGCAAUUAAUCAACUUAGGGACUUCCAGCUCAAGAGAUGGUAUUCUAAGAGCAUACAUGGAAAUAUUAGCUGACACUACAACAGGAAAACCCUGCUCACUGUAGACAAAAAUAUUCAGCUCUGUAGUCUUUCACUUGCUUCAUAAACCAAUUGUACAAUAUGUAUAAGCCAAACCCCUCUGAUCGUAAGUAAAGUACAGGUGUGUACCAGGCUGUGUGUCUUCUUCUCUGCUUCCCAACCCGCUUGCUUUGAGUGUUUUGGUCAGGCUCACUGAUCUGUGUCUCACAUAUGUCUACACUGGCACUUGGGAUCUCUAGGUAUUGCCAAAAUAUUUUUAACUAAUAAAAAAGUGUUUGAACAA